GUCGUAUUGCCUCGCGGCAGUGCGUUUAAUCGGCGGCCCGCAAAAGAGAUUCUCUAUCCCUCCUUUGAAAUUGCACGUUUACAUUUGCUCAGAUUCGAACGUGUCAGACUAUUGCAAGACUGCACAGUAAUAUCUUGGUGUUUUAAGUAGAAUAAAAAAAAGUCCAUAUCGCGCCAUCAUCAUGGUAUGUUCUAUCGAUGAUAUUGCUGACGAGCUGCCGCCGGAACAAAUUGCCGUUCUGCGCAAAGCUUUCGACAGCUUCGACAGGGACAAGAGCGGUAGCAUCCCCACUGACAUGGUAGCCGAUAUUCUUCGGCUAAUGGGCCAACCGUUCAACAAGAAAAUUUUGGACGAACUCAUCGAUGAAGUCGAUGCCGAUAAAUCUGGACGGCUUGAGUUUGAGGAAUUCGUCACGUUGGCGGCGAAAUUUAUCGUUGAGGAAGACGCGGAGGCUCUGGAAAAGGAACUUCGAGAGGCUUUCAGACUCUACGACAAGGAAGGUAACGGCUACAUCCCAACAACAUGCUUACGUGAGAUCCUGAGAGAAUUGGAUGAUCAAUUGACGAAUGAAGAAUUGGACAUGAUGAUCGAAGAGAUCGAUUCUGACGGUUCUGGUACAGUCGAUUUCGAUGAGUUUAUGGAGAUGAUGACCGGCGAAUAAUUACCUUGAAUGAAUGGUGAAAUGCUUUUGCCAAAAACAUAUGUGCAUGUAACCAUUACACUUUGAAACUGAUCAUUCACAUGUUUAUGACGAUGACGAAUCAAUGCGCAGGAAAAAAUUUAUUCACACAAAUAUCCUUCCAUUUUGUGAUUAAUCUCGGAAGAAACUUCCUGCCAUGAACAUACAUCGAAUGAAUAUUCCCUGCUUUUAUACACAUGUCAUAUUUAUAUUAUGGUACACAAAUUUUACUUUCAUAUACUAAAUACCCAUAGUUUUUUUUCGUUAAAAAAUCAGUAUAUAUAUUGUUAUUAAUAAAACAAGAUAAAAAUCUUA